AUGUCUUCAAAGGUCGAAGAUCCGCUGGCAUCAUUUGCCAGGCUGGGCAGCUCGGUUUAUCUCCAGGAAUCAGACUCAAGCGACAAAGCCAAACCCGUCAUCUUCAUUGCAUUUUGGAUGAACGCCCCUGCUCGCGCCUUGACAAAAUAUGUACUCGAGUACAGGCGCCUCGUUCCAUCGGCGCGAAUCAUCUUCGUCAGAAGCUCCUCGAAUGAUUUCCUCUGGCCUUUGAAAAGCCAAACUCGUAGGGAUCGCGUGGCCCCCGCCGUGGCCGCCAUGCAGGGGUUAGUGACCCCUGAAAACCCGGUGUUCCUCCACCUCUUCUCAAACGGAGGUCUGUCUCACACAGCGCAUCUCUUGGAAGCCUGGAAGAUGACAACGGGGACUCCAUUGCCAAUUUCGGCAAUGGUCCUGGAUAGUGCGCCUGGAAGCCUGAGUCUGCGAUCCGGACUUAGGGCUUUCUCGUUUGCGCUGCCGCAGAUGUGGAUCCUGCGAAUACUUGGCAAAGGCUUGCUUUUUGUCAUGUUGCUGUUUGUGAUGUUGAUCCAUUUCCCCCGAUCAUUCCCAGAUCCUAUCACGCUUGCGAGGAAGCUCGUUAAUGAUUCCUCUCUGGUGCAAGCUGCUGGUCGCGGUGGGAGGCUCGCUCGGUGUUAUCUAUACUCUGAUACCGAUCCUUUGGUUGAUUGGAGAGAUACUGAGUCCCAUGCAUCUGAGGCUGAGUCCAAGGGCUGGGCGGUGCGACGUGAGUUGUUCAAGGGAUCCCCUCACGUUGGACACAUGAGGUCCGAGCCGGAUCGGUAUUGGAGUGUUAUUAAAGAGUAUCUUUGGCCCCUGUCGUCCACAUGA